AUGUCUAACGACCGCUCCACUUCGCCCAUCACUGUCCCGGACUCGGCCACUCGCCCUCGACGUGGUUCCAUCGCUUCUGGACUCCCGUUCAACGAUCUCUUCUCGAAACAGAGCAGUUCAUCGGGGAAUCCAGCCUCCAGUGCCCAUGCCAAUCAGCAGCGACGUCUGUCCAUCACCACGCUGGGUCUUUCCGGCGGUUCGCCCACCCAAACCUCGGCAGCCUUCGGCAGCCAGGCAUUCCGCCGGGGCAGCUUAUCCAGCUCAUGGGGAUCCAUCCCGAAUAACGAGGAGGCAGUGACAGAGGAUCCCGAGGGGAGCUCGCCGAGUGCGACCCCCAACUCACCCUUUGCUCGGCGGGUUUCCUUUGGUGCCCAAGCUCUGCGUGAGGCCCGGGCCGGAAGCAUAGGCAAUGGCGAAGGCUUCAACUGGUCCGAGGCACUCCGUCACCGUGCCGAGCGUGCCCCGUCCCUCGGGGGGCCGAUCUCCCCGGCCCAGGCGGCCGCCCGCCAGUCCGGGCACCAGCGGGCCGCGUCGAUCGCCUCGAUGGAGCAACCAGUUCGGGAACUCCCUAGGCAGCCAAAGCAGAACAAGCCCGAUUUCUUCCAAGAGAAGAUCCUGCGCGGCGACUUCAUGGACUAG